AUGAUUUCGGAGACAGAGAAGAAGUUGAAACAAUUGCGAGACAAGAAUGAUGUUGUCUUCAAAAGAUGGCACGCAUAUGCUGUGGAGAUCAGUUCAGAGCUGGGAACAGAACCAAGUGCUCCUAGAACGGCGUCAAGACAACAACAUAGGGCAAAUGCACCCCAUGACACAGCUGAGGAAUAUUACCGUCGCAAUCUGUACAUUCCAUUCCUUGACCAUAUCACACAAGAAAUGUCUUUAAGGUAAUCUAUACAAAUUAUCAACCUUUCGGCUGUUUACUUAAUCAUAAAUAUUUAGAGAAAUAAGGAAUAGGAAUUUUUUUUUCAGAUUUGGGUCCACUCAGAAGACUGCUAUGCAAUUGCUUCGUCUUAUGCCAAGCACCACUGUAGCGUGCACAAAUGUAGACCUAGUUGAAGUCUCCGAGAUGUAUAUGUCAGAUAUCCCAAGCCCACAGACUCUCGACAUUGAAUAUGAUCGUUGGAUGAGAAGAUAGCAAUCCGAGACGGACAAACCAGACGCGCUUCAACCUGCCUUACAUGUUGAAGCACGUCUUGCGUCGUGCAUCGUUGAAGCGCGAAGUAACUCAGUUUGUUUUUGUUCAAAUUUCGCUUAGGUUAACAAAUGACAGCUUUAUUGAUUACACUUUUUGUCGAUCUACAGGCUUGUGAUCCCAACAUCUUUCCGAACAUCCACAUCUGUUGUUGCGAAUAG